CGCAAUCAAUGAGCGUUUUGUCAACAUGAUAACUUGUUCAAUCUAAUCCAAGUGACGUCCACUUUUUAGUGAUAUAAUAAAUUAUUCUUUAUUUUAUUUCAAAAUUUUUCUUUUCCAUUUAUAAAUAAUCUUGAACUAUCUAUAUAGUUUUCAUGCUUUAAAUCUUUUAAAAUGCUUAACUAGAACACUUACAGGUUAGGUGACAAGUUGGUUCAAAAUGCUAACUUUAUUAGGCGAAAUUCAUUUUUGGACUCUCAAAGAUAGUAACUGUAUUAGAGACACAGAUUUUGGUGCUUUUAGGUAUCACGAUAAAAAGAGUAGUACCGACAAUAUACUGUUUGCUGGUAAAAAAAGUUAUACAGAAAACAGAAAUGCUCUUUGGAGUCCAGGAAACAAACGGCCAGUACGUCUUAAAGACUCAUUAAAGGAAUUUGAGGAAUAUCUGGAUACUUUAAGAGUUGUGUAUAAGGAAUGGCGCGACUGUUCAACAUUGCAACUUAUGUUCAAUACUGGUCUCCUUGCCAACAUAAUUUUGAACCCUCUCAGCGGCGAUGUAAGAGAAAUUACAUUCGACAAGUACAUGGUCGGCAAACUUCAGUCAGAAUAUGUGGCUGACGGUAAGAACUAAUCUUAUUGAUGCUUU